AGCGCAGCGAGCGCGUGAUUUGAUCGAAAAGCGAUGGUUAAGAUUACAACGAUCUGCUGCAUCGGCGCCGGCUACGUCGGUGGCCCGACCAUGGCCAUGAUCGCCCUGAAGUGCCCCCACAUCAAGGUGACCGUGGUGGACAUCAGCCAGCCCAGGAUCGACGCUUGGAACAGCGACGAGCUCCCAAUCUACGAGCCCGGCCUCGACGAGGUGGUCAAGGCGUGCAGGGGCAAGAACCUCUUCUUCUCCACCGACGUCGCGGGUGCCAUCCGCGAGUCGCAGAUGAUCUUCGUGUCCGUCAACACCCCCACCAAGAAGACCGGCCUCGGAAGCGGCAAGGCGGCGGACCUCACCUACUGGGAGUCCGCCGCGCGAACCAUCGCGGCUGAGUCCAAGGACAACAAGAUCAUCGUCGAGAAAUCCACCGUGCCGGUUCGCACCGCGGAAGCCAUCGAGAAGGUCCUCAAGCGCAACUGCAGCGACGCCAGCGUCCAGUUCGACAUCCUCUCCAACCCCGAGUUCCUCGCCGAGGGCACCGCCAUCUCCGACCUCACCGCGCCCGACCGCGUCCUCAUCGGAGGCAAGAUCGAGAACGAGGCUGGCCAGGCUGCCGUCGACGCCCUCGCGGAGGUGUACGCCAACUGGGUUCCCAAGAAUCAGAUCAUCACCGCCAACCUCUGGUCCGCCGAGCUCUCCAAGCUCGCCGCCAACGCGUUCCUCGCGCAGCGCAUCUCCUCCAUCAACGCCAUGUCGGCGCUCUGCGAAGCCACCGGCGCCGACGUCGCGCAGGUUGCCCACUCCAUCGGCACGGACAGCCGCAUCGGACCGAAGUUCCUGAACGCUUCCGUGGGCUUCGGCGGCUCCUGCUUCCAGAAGGAUAUCCUGAACCUCGCGUACAUCUGUGAGUGCCAUGGCUUGAAGGAGGUUGCGGAUUACUGGUACAGCGUGGUUGGCAUGAACGACUACCAGAAGAGCCGCUUUGUGCGUCGCGUGGUGUCCGCCAUGUUCAACACCAUCCGCAACAAGAAGAUCGCCAUGCUGGGCUUCGCGUUCAAGAAGGACACCGGCGACACCCGCGAGACCCCGGCCAUCGACGUGGGCAAGGGCCUCAUCGAGGAUGGCGCGCAGCUCGCAAUUUACGAUCCCCAGGUCAAGGAGGACCAGAUCGCGUACGACAUGGAGGGCAUGAUGGGUAACAUCACCUGCUACAAGACCGCCAAGGAGGCCCUUCAGGACGCCCACGCCGUCACCAUCAUGACCGAGUGGGACGAGUUCAAGUCGUACGACUGGAAGGAGAUCUACGACGUCAUGCAGAAGCCCGCGUUUGUUUUCGACGGCCGACUCAUCCUCGACCACGACCACCUCAGGGAGAUUGGAUUCAUCGUGUACGCGCUCGGUAAGCCCAUCGAUCCCUUCAUCAAGUCCGCGGAGGGUGCGUAAGUGCACGUUGUGGGGGUGUGGGGGAAGUUUUUGCCCGUAUGUAGCCUGUAGAGUCUUGAGACGAGUUGAAGCAAAGAUCGUCCCAACU